AUGAAUAUCGUCCGACGCAUUGUCAAGCGCCUGCCCUUGGCGCCCGCGUUGGCUUCCGUGGAAGAUGCCUCGCGGGAAAAGGGCCAGCGACCACUUCAAUUUGCCUUUCUCCGAAGACGGAUCCGAUUAAGAGGCAAUUCGUCGAUUUCGAUACCGCUGGGAUUUGUGCUGCUGUUCCCUUGUAUUGUAAUAAUUUUAAUAGUGCUGCUCUUCGUGAGACAUCCUUCUACCUCCGGCGGCAUGCUGAUCCCAGCUGGCACACCUCCGUCCAUUAGACGAAUUAGUGAGGAGCAUGAUAAGGUUUUCGAGACCGGAUGUGUGUAUGUCGACCCCUCCGGACCCCCCGGUCCCCGAGCCAACGCGGCUUUUGUCGUCCUAGCUCGAAAUAAAGAACUUGAAGGUGUCAUCCAGUCCAUCAAGUCAAUUGAACGGCACUUCAACAGAUGGUGGCACUACCCCUACGUGUUCUUGAAUGAUGGCGACUUUGAACAGGAGUUCAAAGACACAGUUCAGAACUAUACAAGUGCCCCAGUCGAGUUCGGAAAAAUUGACAGCUCCAUGUGGGGGUUCCCAGACUGGGUAGAUCACGAUGUUGCCAAGGAGGGCAUCCGAAAACAAGGUGACGCCGCCAUUAUGUACGGUGGUAUGGAGAGUUACCAUCACAUGUGCCGAUUCUACUCUGGAUUCUUCUACAAGCACCCUCUCUUGCUGAAGUAUGAGUGGUACUGGCGUUUGGAGCCCGAAAUCAAAUACUUCUGCGAUAUCACAUAUGAUCCAUUCAUCAAGAUGGCUGAGGCCAACAAAACCUACGGUUUCACAAUUGCCGUUAAAGAACUUCGCGAGACCGUUCCUAAUAUCUUCCGAUAUGCUUCGGCGUUUAAGCGUACGAAAGGGCUAAAAUCGAAGGGACUCUGGGAAAUGUUCAUUGAAACUCCCUCGGAGGAGGAAAAGAAAGAAGAGGAAGUCCAAGAAAAGCUUCCCGAAGAUGUUGCCAGCGACAUGAAGCCGCCAGAAAUAGAUCCGGAAGCUAUGGAAGGCGAAAAAUACAAUAUGUGCCACUUCUGGAGUAACUUCGAAAUCGCCCGAUUAGAUUUCUUCCGCAGCAAAGAGUACGAAGAAUUCUUCGACAUGAUGGAUCGAAGUGGAGGCUUUUGGAUGGAACGGUGGGGUGACGCACCCAUCCAUUCCCUGGCUGCUGGAGCACUUCUUGCUCCCCGUGAUAUUCAUUAUUUCCGCGACUUUGGAUACCGCCAUACAACGAUCCAACAUUGCCCUGCCAAUGCACCAGCUCGACAACUUGCUCGUGUGCCAUACCUUGAAAUGACCACGGAAGAUGAAAAGAAACGCAUUGAAGAAGAUGAAUACUGGGCCACGCCGGAUCCUGUCAAGGAGAAUGGGGUCGGUUGCCGGUGUAGAUGUGACACAGACAUCGUUGACGUUGAAGGCAAGCAAGGAAGCUGUCUAGCUGAAUGGGUUAAUGUCGCAGGCGGCUGGGCGUCGCCUUAG